AGUUUACCAACGAGGAUCGAGUUGACAAUUUUUAUCAUGAAGUAGGUAAACUUAAAUGGUCGACAAAAGCUGAGCUUCUUUAUUUUUAUUGAUCAAAAACAAUUUCAAACUCAUCAAUACACCCAAAUUAACGAUCUUCACUCUGCAAACUUCCUCUAGUUAAACGUGAAAUUACAGCAGGUCCCUCUAUUUUGGUGGCACUUGGUCUCAAUUAUGUGAAAUUUCCCUCAACAUUUAGUUCAAGUAGGAUGGCUGUUACACCUCAAGAACAGAACAAUCUAACCGAUGAUUACCCUUUGCUCAUAGAAAACCACGAGAACCAACAUUUUAUCGAUGUAGAAAGAGAAAAUACCGAUGCAUCAGGGUCAUCUCAUAACCGUCAUGUUUCAACAACUAAUUCUGGUCCAUCUAAUACUUCAAGUGGACCAAAUGCACACGGGCCCCGCCAAAGGUGGAGCCCCUUCAACACUUUGUUAUGGAUUUCAAUUGAGCUAGCAUUCACCUCAGGACAAAUUAUUGCAGCCGCCGUUGUCUUAUUCAUCUCACAAAGUGAAAACCCACAGAAUCCUUUGUUUGUGUGGGUUUUCGGUUAUGCUGGUGGUUGUGCCGCUAGUCUUCCACUUCUGUACUGGCGGUAUCUUCAACGGAAUCAAGCUACCGGGCGGCAGUCAACCCAGGACCCACAACAACCACAUUCUGAGCAAAUCACUCCGCCGGAACCGAAUUCGUACAUAACCAUCUCGUUUGUUCCCUCUCCAGAAGAAGAAACUCACCAGGCUACAUCUUCGAACACUUGGACUGGUCCAAAUGUUAGGCUUAAUAUGCUUGCGGACCAUUUCAAGAUGGCUUUAGAUUGCUUCUUUGCAGUAUGGUUUGUCGUAGGCAACGUGUGGAUUUUUGGAGACCAUUCAUCUUCCGCCGAUGCCCCUAAUUUGUACAGGUUAUGUUUAGUUUUUCUUGCCAUUAGCUGCAUAGGGUAUGCAAUGCCUUUCAUAUUGUGUGGAAUGAUAUGUUGCUGUUUGCCUUGUAUCGUUUCUAUCCUUGGAAUCCGUGAGGAUAUGAAUCAAAUACGAGGAGCAACGGAAGAUUCUAUUAAUGCUUUACCAACACAUAAGUUCAAGUUAAACUUGACUACCGAAAACAUGGAGUAUGAGAACUCAGGUGGGCUUUUAGCAGCCGGGACACAAAAUGAACGUGCAAUCGCUGGUGAAGACGCUGUUUGUUGCAUAUGCUUGGCGAAAUACACAGAUGAUGAUUUGUUGAGGGAGCUCCCAUGCACACAUUUUUUUCAUACAGAAUGUGUUGAUAGAUGGUUAAAGAUGAACGCAUCAUGUCCGUUAUGCAAGUCCGAGAUCGGUAAUCUGUCUUCUACACCAAACUCGCCACGUCAGUAGCAGCGAGCAAGAAAUGUAAAUAGAUUACAUGCUUUUUUGUAAAUAAAAUAAAAGUAGGUGUACAAUUGAUGGUUUAAGAUCUGAUCAAGCGGGUGUAACUGUUUAUAUAUUCAGAAGGAGAUCUUUGUUGAGGCUAAUUUUGAAUUUGUAAGGAGAGGAUAUCUUACUAAACUGUAAUGUUAUUUGUGUGGUCAUUUAUUAAUGACAGAUAAACCUAUGUGUUGAAUAUUUGAUUAAA